AUGUCGUCAUGUUCUUGGCUUAUCUUGUUGUUACUGCUUUUUGCACACCCUCUGCCCGCCGCACCGUCUCAGAAGCGCGCUUUUCGAGUCCUCAGGGUCGGGAAUCCCGGCUUCCGACGACACGAUGGCCCAACGGAGCUCUUCAUGACCUACCGGAAAUAUCGAAUGCCCAUCCCAGAAGAUUUAUUGAACAUGACGAAGAGUGGGACUGGGACUGGGACUGGGACUGGGACUGGCUCUGGUUCUCUUGACGGCAACGGGCUCAGGGGGCCUUGGAGGACGUCUGCCGACGCUAUUGGGUUGGUGCCUGCCACUCUCACUGCGGACGGGGUCGAAUAUGUCUCUCCUAUUCGAAUCGGGGGCCAAACAGUCAACGUCGCUCUUGAUUCAGGGUCGGCUGACCUUUGGGUUUUCGGUGCUGGCCUUCCCCCCCCAGCCAAGGUCGGACAUCGCACAUACGAUCCUUUGCUUUCACGUACCUUCAAACCCAUGCCUGGGGCGAAUUUUUCGAUCAAGUAUGGUGAUGGUACCAGCGCGUCCGGCGAUGUUGGAGUCGACGUUGUCGACGUUGGAGGCGCUGCGGCGAUCAACCAAGCUGUCCAGAUAGCAACCACCGUCUCGUCCGGUUUCGCCAAGGAUACAAAUGUCGACGGGCUACUGGGCCUCGCAUUUUCCCAGCUCAGCACCGUGAAACCAGUCAAACAGAGAACAUUCUUUGAAAAUGUGAUGCCGACACUCCUCGAACCCCUCUUCACAGCAGAUCUCCGCAAAGGCGCCCCCGGGGCUUACGAAUUUGGCCGCAUUGACGAUUCCCGGGGUUUCUGGCAGGUCCCCUCCAGGAAGUUCGCGGUUGGGGGCAGUCGUUGGACCCGGGGGCCGGCCGCACAAGCCAUUGUUGACACAGGUACCACGCUCCUGCUGCUGUCCCAACAUAUCGUCGAUGGGUAUUAUCGCCAUGUUCCCGGGGCGCAGCGAACUGCUGGCGUGGGUGGCGUUACAUUCCCGUGUAAUACCACGCUGCCCGAUCUCCAUCUCGAUGUCGGAAGUGUCUACACAGCUACAGUGAGAGGAGCCGACAUCAACUUUGGGAGGUUCCAGGAUGAUCGUUGUUUUGGCGGCAUCCAACGCACCACCACCCAGUUUCAAGUCUGGGGAGACAUUUUCUUCCGGUCCCAAUUUGUUGUUUUCCACGGAGGCAACCAUGAGUUGGGCAUGGCGCCGCAUUUUUAA